UUUAAUAUUUUAUAGUUCAUUUCUCGCUUUAAAAAUCGUUAUCAUAUAAAGUAAAGUCAGCUGUAUGUUCGGAUAUCAUGAUAUUAAUUAUAUAGGGCUAUGUCAAGGUUUCGCUCAAAUUUAUCUAUUUUAGGCAUAAAGUUAACCUGUUAUAAGUAAAAUACGCUCUUUUAUUUUCAUUGAGGUAACUCAAAUAUUUGCCGAUAUAUGCGGGAUAAAGUCAUCUGGAAGGUCGAAAAUCUUUAUACAAUAUGUGGUAUAUGACUAAGGGCCCGAUUCAGUCUAUUUUUGAUAUACAGGCAUACCAUUCUCAGAUUAUCUCUGAAUUUCGAUUGUACACUCACCGAUAUUUUCGGUCAGAAGUCAACAAUAGAUACUGGAGUCUACGUUUCCGAUAUUUAGGGCUUGAACAGUUUUAGUUGGAUAUGAGGAAUUUUUGGUCAUAAGGUGACAUACUAAAAGAGAGUUUUAGUUUUAAUUUAUAUCUCGUUAUAUAGUACUAAUUUCUUCGUGUUUGUAUAAUGGUAUUUAAUGAAUAGCGAUUCCGCUCAUUUUCGCAAUGUGACAUAGAAAUAUGAGAAGAAUGCAAUGUACUAAAUUUAGACGAACCAUCUCGGAGCUUACCCAGACGGACAGACACACGGAUAGACAGGCAGACAGUCACCCGGAUCUUAUACCCUGUUGCAGCAGGAUGCAAGAGUAUAAAAAUUCGACCCGCAGUACAGGUUUUGCACGUAUAAGCACAUAUCCCUAAACUCCAAUAAUGAAAGUGAUUACAUAGUAUUAUAAGUUGUUAAAUGUGUAAUGAGCCAUUAAUAUUAUUACACAAUAAUAAAUCUAAGGGGUACAUGACAAAUAAUGCAAUAAAUAAAGAAACCGUAACAUAACUGAAUUUCGCAUUUUAUUUGAUAAGGGGGUGCUUAACAUACACACAUACUUAUGCAUUUGCACGUGCUAGACCCACCCUUUUUAUUAGCGAACCGGAAAUACACGAAAAUAACACGCUGUUUUUGUUUUUUUGAGGUUAAUGUUGUUGAAUGUAAUCAUAAUGUAAAGAAAUUUUUAUAAAAAUUAAAGUUCUUAUAAAAACCAUAAAACUAACGAUCAACAGCUUUGUAAGUCUAACAGUUGUUUGUAACUCUUAAAAGUAAUCGGAACAGAUAAAGAGUUAUAAAUAUUUUUGUAUAAAUAAUCAGGAUGGCGAGACGAAUUAAACUCCGAGCGACUGUAGGUCUGUGCAAGCGAUAACUGGAGUAAGCUUUGAUAUAUAUCUUGAAGAAAUUUGGGGCAUGUAUUGCUUGGCACUAUAAGAGGGUUGGUAUUGGACAAUUGAAACGCCCACAAAAUACUGUAAAGCCUAAAUUUGAAAAGUUUUUUUUUAAUUUAAUGUGAAGUUCAUGAAAUUUAUUUUAAAAUACAAUCGGUUUAAUGUCUUAUUUAACAUCUUACAAGCCAUUUAAGUUGAAUUUUCUGGAACUACACCUAUUGAGAACUAGUUCUCAUAUAAGUAACAGUGCUGUCGAUAACUGCUGAAAGUACGAUAUUUCAGUAAAUAAAUAUGACAAAAGCAUUAAACUUCACAUUUUAAAUGAAAUUUAUGUUUAAGGUAGACACCAAAUAUAUAUAAACAUAUGUUCUUUCCGUAAUUUGGUCGAAUAGUUACUUAGAGUAUUCCAUCAAACUCAUAAAUGCCUCAUAAAAUUCAUAAACUCGUAAAAUUCUGUGCCUUAUAAAUGAGCUGUCAAAAUUUGUAUGAAAAAGAGUUUACGCGUUUCGUAUAAAACUAUGAGGCAAAAUCGACGGGUAUUUGCUUCAUAAACUGAUAUUUUACCUAUUACGCGGCUUUUAUACGAAUGAAAAAAAAGGAGCGUUCCAAAAAACUAAAGCGUCAAUUUUUGAACUUAUACCCUAACUAUUUAAUUCUCCCACAACAUUGUUAUACUCCCGCAUUAUGUUGGUACAGAGUAUAAUAACUUUGUUCACCUAUUGGUUGAUUUAACUGCUCGGAUUAGGCAAGUUGAAGUUUAAAAAUCUUUUAAAAUUGGAUGUAUUGGCUUCGCAUUUUUAUUACUUGUAUGUACAAACCUCAAAAACUAUUAACUAUCAACAUCAUUUGCUCGUGACAAAUUUUUUUCGCCACCUCCUUCAAUAAUAUGAAAAUAGGCGAAAUUGGAUGAUAACUUCUGCGCCUUCCCUUACAACGGUUUGGAUGUUAAAUAUACGAAAAAUAAAGAUUUACCAUCAGAAGGUCAAAAAAUUGGACAUUGAUAGUGGCACCUCCCAUCUUUUGUGAAAUAUUACUUUACCAAUUUCACGUUUUUUUCAAUUUCUAAAGCAAUAUCGUGAAAUUGGUCGAAGUGGACUACAAUCACGUUUACUUUCUAUAUAUUCCAAUAUCCAAUUCAAAGUUUUUUUUUCAUUUUAGAGCAUAUAAAUCGAAAAAUAUUGACCUUAUCGAAAAAAGUUAUCUUUAUAUUAAGUCUGUGUGUCAAAAAAAAAUAUUAAAAAAUAAAAUGGGUCAAGAUUACAGAUUUUUGAAUUUAGAAUUGAGUACAUAUCCUUGUACUCGUAUCAAUCAAAGUAAGUAGGAAAAUCUUCUUAUAUAUAUAUAUGUAUAUAUAUAUAUAUAAAAUUAAGUGGCAAAACUUCCUGUUCGCAUACUCCUCCUAGACGGCUUGCCCGAUUUCAAUGAAAUUUUCAGGUGUGAUUGGGGUCUGUUUGGAGGGUGCACAUAAGAAAUUUAAUGUGUGUAUCAUUGCACGUUUUGCAAAAAAUACAUCCGCCUAUACAAAUUCUCAUGAAAUAAUGUUUUGCCGCAAGAUUGGCAGUCCUGUCAAAUGCCUUUUACUAAUAAAAAGAAACAACUGGCGGAUGUUUACAAUUAAUAAAAAAAAAAACAUUGACAUCGCAUGUUGAUCGUUUUUUCUAUGGAUGACUGCCAAGCUAACAAGACAUACAGAACGUAAGUGUUCCGAAUGCACUGAGUGUAUCAAAGAAAAUGUUUCAACAUUAUGUGUAUUUUUCUCAGAUUUCAACGUGAUUAACAUUCUGCGUACUACGCAAAGCAAGUGAGUAUUGUUGUUGUUUCGUAUGUGAUGCCAUGCGGUUCGAUUGUCGCUUGAAAAUGCGCGGUGUGUGUAAAAAAAAGUGUUUCAACAUUGUGUGUUUUUUCAAGAUUUAAUUCCAUCGAUUUGCUACAUUUAUUCGAACCGAUUUUGUGUUUUUCUGCUGACCGUGCAACACACACAAAGCAAGUGAGUAUUGUUAUUGUUUCGUAAGUGCUUCUAUGCGGUUUGCAAAUAUACUGUUUGUGGGUCUUAUUGCAUAUGCGUGUGGGUAAAAUAUAUAGUUUAAGAUGUAGUUUUAGGUUAAUUUUUCCAUUUUUAUUUAUGUACUUCAAAUAUGUAUACUCUAGAAAAUGCCUCGACUACGCCAACGUAAUACGGUUGGCAGGCAUACGAGUGAUUCACGUCGAAUGUCAAUAUCAAGAAGAAAUCAAAGCGAAGAGCAACGCGCUGAAGUGAAUGCCCGAGGUAGAGCGGUGUACAGAGAGCGGCGGGCACAGAUUAGAGCCGAAUUCGCCGACAAACAACGGCCAAAUUACCGUCAAGGCCGAGUUCCGCUCCGCCUUCGCGAUCAAAUGGAACAUGUUGGCUUUCACUACGAUCCUGACUGCGACUACAGCCUGCAAGGUGCCAUUGGAGCAAUGGGUAUUAUUUGUACGCAUUGCAAUGCAGCGAAGUUUCGAGGAGAAACAGCUGGCAUGUGCUGCUCCAGUGGCAAAGUGAAACAGCCUGAAUUGGAACCGCCACCAGAACCUUUACAUUCCUUGCUCACUGGAGAAUCGCCGACGUCUAAGCAUUUCUUGCAGAUCAUACAAGCAUACAAUUCAUGCUUUCAAAUGACAUCUUUUGGUGUCACAAAGAUCAUUAGAGAUCCAUUUAUGCCGAUGUUCAAGGUGAUUACUUUGCAUGGAAUUUCCAGUGAAACAUUUGACAUUUUUAUUCUACAGAUUCAGGGACAAAUAUACCAUCGAGCAGGCUCGCUCAUACCAUUUGCCAAUGGUAACUAUCAAUUUUUGCAAAUAUAUUUCAUCGGUAAUGAAACUGACCAACUAAAUCAACGAUGUAAAAUUGCGACCGGCACAAGGCGAGAAAUCGUACUAAAUUUUCAAAGAUUUCUUCAUGAACAUAAUGAAUUGAUUCGAUUGUUCAAAAUCGCAUUGGACCGCAUGCCGUCUGAUAACCAUCGAAUCGUCAUCAGAGCAGACAAAAUGCCGAUGAGGCAGCAUGUCAGACGAUUCAACACACCAACAAUCGAUGAGGUGGCAAUCGUCAUUGUUGGCGAAUAGUUUGAAUCGCGAAAUAUUUAGGCUGUUCACGAUAAGGUGGUUAUCGGGUUAUGUGGUUAUGUGAUUAAGUAAACAACAACAAAAUGCGUUAUGACAAAAUAACCAAAGUUGACCAACCUAGGCCCUUGUUUACAGAUUAUGUGGUUGUUUGCUUAUUUCCAGUGUUAGAAAGUCGUUGGAAUUUUACUAAAUGGCAGCACAAAAAAUAAAUAAAACUAAGCGAAUGGCAUUUCCAUUUAGAUUUUCUUAUUGGAAAAUCUGCUAUUAACAGCUGUUUUUUGUUUACAAUCAGCAAAUUAUGCAAGAUGUCUGCAAAUUUUAUACAAAGCAUAUUUUGAACCCUUAAAAUUCGGAUUAUUUAAUAAGCACAUACCUUCAAUAAAGCCCAUUUCCUGAAUAGCAGAACUUAUUUUAAAUUCGAUUAUUUUGGUUUUUAAACUUUGUUUAGGCAUUUUAUAAGUUGGAAUUUCAUUGAACUAAAAUUGUAAACAAUGAACAGCUGUUUGUGUAAAAAUAAGCAAAUAACCAUACAACAUAGGGUGCUCACGGAGCAUAGACGUUAUUUUUAAACUAAUAAUCACAUAACCCGAUAACCACCUUACCGUGAACAGCCUAAUUGUACUGCACCGUAGAAACGAACAACUUCAGCGUGUUUCCGAGCUACACCGUAGUUAUGAUCAUACUUCUACGAAAUCUGAAGCCACAGACUUUGUGUAAUGCCACAAGACUUUCAGUCAAAAAAUUGUGGCCAAAUUUGAUUGAAGCAACAAUACUAAAUGGCAAGGCAGCAGGUGAAGUUGUACUCUUACCACGCAUUCCCAUAAUUCCAACGGACAUGCCGUUUGAAUUUAAGCGCUUGCAGUUCCCAGUACGUCUUGCCUUUGCGAUGACCAUCUACAAAUCGCAAGGGCAAACGUUUCAAGUGUGCAGCGUCAAUUUGGAAGAAUCGUGCUUCUCCCACGGUCAAUUGUUCGUCGCAUGCUAGAGGAUGGGAACACCAAGGUGCUUAUUUAUUUACGCGCCAGGUGGAAAAACCAAAAAUGUUAUAUACCAAUAUGUUUUAUAAGUAAGUAACAGUUUUACAACAAGAAAUAAAACACUAAGUAAAACCCCUUAAGAGUUUUAAUCGAUUUAGGUGUAGCGAAGCGCAUAGGGUAACAGCUAGUAUAGUAUAAGUUUAAUUUUAUAUUAUUUAUUGGUUUAUUCAAAUAACGUUCAACUUUAUUUUUUUCAGCUUUAAGUCGACUAUACUAUGCUGUUAAAUGUUAUACUCAUGAUACUAAAAAUGCAUCAGAGAACAGAACUGUUACGUAGGUGCCCAUUGCAGCUUACCUCCUCUCCUUCUUAAUGAGGGACGUGCUCGGUCCUGGAGAUAAUAUUAGUUGAUCUCCAAUGUUAAUAAAAGAAUAGCAGCUCAAUGUCAUUAAGAAAACAGAAUAUAGAGCGAUAAAAUAACGGUGUAGUAUCGUAGUAGUUGUUUGCUUCAUGCCGAAUGAUCUCUUAGUGGAAUACUUGUUCAAAUAAUUAUGAAAUAUAUGUAGAUUCAUUCUAGAGUAAGCGGUAGAUGUUUCAUACAAUUCAUCUUAAUUUUUAGAUUAAAUAUUGCCUAUUACAUUUUUAUAAUAUUUCCUUAAAAUUACUCGUAUAAUUCAAAAAUGUUUAACAAUAUUCAUUAGUUUAAGCACAAAAUGUUGACAGAAUAAAAGAAAUUUUGUGAAAUACUCGGUUUACAAUCAGUUGUA